AUGCGAAGUGUUCAUGGUCCCAUCCUUGGUCGCAUUCACCAGGUUGCCGUCAUGUAUGAUGGACGUACCAUUGCUUGUCCCAGUCAGAUGGAGCACUUUGGUUGUUGUGUCCAUGAGAAAGACAAGACCGUGACUGGCGUGGACCCAUACUUUGUCACACCCAAUGGUUCCGAGUCCCAAUGGCUUAUGCGCAAUGGCUUCCCAUUCCACUUGAUUCGUCGCCGUAUUAUUGCUGCCAUGGCUGCCCUCGUCAAAGACGAUCUGGUCCCCGCCCGUGCUGAUGAUGUCCCCGCCCUCUUAUCCCGACAGUGCCCUCAUUAUGAUCAGCUCGACGAUGAUUCUGACUUGAGGAUGACUCUGACAUUUACAACCUCCGACAGUGCUCUGCCCGUGUCCCCGACCUUUUGA